AAUGUGACGGUGACGUGUGAAAAGGGCCUAUACCCUCCAGAUUCCAAGACUAAAGUCGGCACUUAUAUUAUCAACCUUGACCUCCCUCCAGAGCAGCGAUGGGCUCAGCUUGCCAAGGACAAGGCCACAGAGAUAAAAGCUCUCAUCGACAGUUUUAAAGAGUUCAUCUUGGAUUGGGGCCCAGCUACCAAGGCUAUUAUUGAGUUUUUGGAUAGCAAAGGGGGAGACUUGGAUGCUACUUUGCCAUAUCCUUUUGCUGGAGAGAUAAAGGGCCUGGCAGACAACACUGGCAUAAACCUGGGGGAAAUGUUGUUGUACAACCUUUUCUACGAGUUCUUCACUGUGUGCACUUCUAUUGUAGCAGAGGACCCGUCAGGGGCCCUGUAUCAUGCUAGAAACCUGGACUUUGGCCUUUUUAUUGGCUGGGAUGUAAAGAACAACACUUGGGCAGUGACAGAGCGCUUGCGACCACUUAUUGUUAACUUGGACUGGCAAAGUGGAGGUCGCACUGUGUUCAAGUCCGUCAACUUUGCUGGGUACACUGGCAUUCUGACAGCUGUGAAGCCGAAGCUCUUCACAAUGUCCAUGGAUGAGAGGUUCAACAUUGAUGGAGGCUUCGUUGGCAUCAUCAAAUGGUUGCUAGGCGACCACAAGCAGAAGUGGAUGGGCUUCCUGACUCGGGACGUUAUGGAAAACGCCACCAGCUACAGUCAGGCCCGGACCAUGCUCGCCAACACGGUCAUGUUGUCCCCGGCCUACUUCAUCCUGGGGGGCAAUCAGUCUGGCGAGGGCACUGUGAUCACCCGUUCCCGUGAGGCUGCCGUAGACAUCUGGAAGAUGUCCAACGCUUCUCGCUGGUACAUCCUGGAGACCAACUACGACCACUGGGAGGCCCCGCUUUUCCUGGACGACCGCCGGGCCCCGGCUCACAAGUGCAUGGACGCCAUGGGACAGAAGAACACCGGUUUUGCUGGGAUAUUCAAUGUUCUCUCCUCUCAGCCAGUGUUAAACAAGCUUACCACCUAUACAGCCCUGAUGAAAGUGAGUACCGGGGAGCUGGAAACCUACAUCAGAACCUGCAAGGAUCCCUGUUCUCCUUGGUAGAGACCCACAGCACAGCACAGCACAGCACAGCACAGAGCAUCACAUGACUACAGACUAAGAGCUCCGAGCUAAAUGUUUUACACCAAUAAUGUCUCAAAAUAAGACUUAGAUCGGAAAUUUUUGCCUUUUGAUCUUGAAAUUGCUGCAUAUCUGUAAAUAUGCUACAAUUUGUUUAUACCGCUAGGUUGUAUGAUUGAAAAUUGUAGGGCAACAUACUGAUUUAUGGAAGAAUAGAAGUUGAAAUUGCAGAAGGAAAAAGUGAAUUGAAAUUGGACUGCUUUUGCGACGAGAAGUUUGUAUUCUUUAACAAAAAAAAUGCAAUUAUUACAACUAAACAGAAAAAACGUUUUAAGUGUAUAUUUUAGGAGCUGAUAACUACAGAGUUUGAUUUUUCUGUAAAUGUAUUUUAAAGACAUACAAGGGUACUAUGAUUUUUAUGCACCGGUUAAUUUGGGUUUGACUGCUGUGUCUGUGUGGUUGGUCUUAUUUUUUGCUGUUUCUGUUAAUCAUCCAAUUUGUUCGAACAAGCUUUCUUAUACUGUGCAUUGUCAGUAACACUCAAACAUAUGUUGCCUUUUAUACCAUCAUAUUUGUUGUUUACAGAAAUGUUAUUAUCGUUUUCAUAUGAUUUGGCUCAGGUCUCACUUUCUUGGCCUCAAUUUUGUUUAUUUUCUGUGUUUUCAAUCUGUCUUAUGUCCCGCUUCCAGCCUAUAUUGAUUUAGACUUCUCUGCCGGCCUGAAAAUACGGUACAGGUUAAGCCAAGUGUUUGUUGAUUAAGCAUUGAGCUAUAGUUGGCCUUGUGAGAAAAGUUUUGGAUUUAACACUAGUCCUAGUCAUUUGACCGUUACUGUUGAAAGUUUUCCCCAUGCUAUGCUGCUUCCAAAUUUUUAAUUUUUGUUCUUAAUUUUUCCCUGAAUUGAUACUUGAUACUCUCCGUUGAUAAGUCCUCCUUAGACACCCCAUUUUCUUGUUACAUUCAUUUUGAUCUAAUCAGUAUGGGCUGAUUUGAGAUCAUGUGAUGUAAUCAUUGUUAAUGAUAUUUGUUUGAGGGGGUGGGUGUUGAUGUAUGGUCAUAAUGCCCAGUUGGUGCAGGGUUACCGCCACUUUUCACCCCAAGUGCUGAAAGAAUCAAUCCUGAAGCGGCCACUAAAGCUUGUAAUGCAUGGGUACCCGCUGUCUUAUUUCUGUUUGUUAACUUUGGUGUCCCAUAUAGCCGGUGCUUUACAUCAUCUAUGUGACUGUAGUUUGUGAAUCAAACUGUUUGAAACGACAGAUAUCUCUGUGCCAUUUUUUUGGUUUAUAAGUCGGAAGGAAUGUUAGAAAUUCGUUUUAAAAAAUUUUUGUAUUUGAUAUUGCUCUUUAUGUAUGCAAGUUAAAUCAACAUUGGUUUAGACUCCUUAAGAAUUGUAGUAAUCCACCCCUGAAACUUUGGUACUGUGUUGAAACAGAUUUGUUUUGUCAAAGUCUCAUUUGUACAUUUUGACUAGCUGGGUGCACAUUUGUAUGUUAGCCUUUGCUGGUCUGACCAAACAUUAUGACAUUUGUUCUGUUUGUCGGGGUUUGGCUUGUCAACUUCCAACAUUUCUGGUAGUUCUGCUUUCUAUGUUUUUAUCUCCUAACAAGACCGUCGGCCAUGUAACAUAGUAUGUCACAUUCCAGUUCUUCAUUUGUACAAGGUACUGGCAUCUGUGGUGUAUUUGUUCGGCACUUCGCCAUCGCUCAUAGCAGACUUGAGAUUGAUUCCCGAGUUAUGAGAAUUUUUAUAGAGUAUCUUGGUCCAUCUGCUGGGGUGGUGAUCCCUCUCAGCCUAAAUUGGUGCUGGCAGGUAGUGUCAAAACCCACCUCCUAAAUUAUCUAAACUGUGUUGAUGGAGACAUAAAAACAUCUGC